AUGGAUAGCCGCGGUGCGUUUAUCAUCUUCGUCCUCCUCUUCUUCCUCUUUGCGGCACCUGAACCGCACCAACCGGCCCCGAUAUCAAAGGCAGAGCUUCAGAAACAGCUGGAUGCGGAGCAACGGGCCUUGUCCUGGUUGAAUUCCUCGAGCUACGGAGACUUGGAUAGCCAGCACGACCGCUGGCUGCCCCUUGCUGGGUUGACGAAGCGCGACGGCUUUGCAUGGGGCCUGCUUCCGAUUGUGCAAGACAGAGCUCGACAGCAACUGCAAUUUAUCCUUGGUGCAUCCGGAAUAUCGGUGUCAGGAUCCUCUGCUUCUCAGCCACACGCCCUAACUGCCGAUUCCAACCUUACAGCUUUGGCUCUUCCCGUAUAUCGAAAUGUGACGGGUAGGAUACGGGGCGACUGGGUGCGGUGGAGGAAACCUGAGCUGGCAAAUCGCCCAAACCUGAAUCUAACUCACAUAGCAACAAAGCACGACUACUUCACCCGUGAAUUUGGGCGCAAUAUCACGACAAACAAUGGGCACCUAGUUCUGGAUUUCCAAGAGGAGGUAGAGAGAGGCAAGAUUAUUGACGUCAAUGGGGUUCCAGUCCGCGAAAUCAAGGUCCAAAUGCUUGUAGAAGCUAAUGAUGGACUCGGUGAAAGCUGGACUCUCGCACUAUUUGGGGUCCAUUUUCCAACAACCGGAGCCAUCGUGCUGACUACGGCGAGUGAAAAGUUUGCAGGAGUUACGGCCCUGCCCCAUUUUACCUUGUCAAGGGACAGCUUCCGAAUUUCGCGGCAGCUACUGAGCAAGUCGCUCUCAGAUGCGCUCAAAGCAAAACAAAGUCGACCAGAACAUUAUUUGCCUUGGUCAUCUUUGCCCCAUGGGCCCAGUACUGUUGCUUUUCCGUCUCCAAAAUGCGAGUAUAUUGCUUAUCUUCAACAGCAUCCAGUGAUGAUUGGAACGGCUCCUGCCCAGGAACCAAUACUUGAUGCUAUUGAAAAUGAGCUCCGAUUUCCCAGGGGUGCCCCUAUUCCGAAUCCACCGCCAAUGGUGAUGUCUGCCGCAAUGUUCUCUCCAGACUGUGGUUUUGUCCUGGAGUCGAAAGGACCACCCGCCUAUGCGCCCCAGGACAACCUAUAUCUCUCGGGCCUGAAAAGAGAAGAGCAGGCCAGAUAUGCUAAGCGAUUUAUAGUCAUUAUUGCCGGUAUCUUUAUAUUACAAAUCAAUUUGUUGAUGCGUCAGAUGAAGGAAUCAUCUACACCGUCAACGCGAAGCCGAGUAAGCUUUUAUACCAUAGCCAUGAUGUCCAUGGGAGACGCCCUUCUCAUCUCUUUCGUGAUGGUACAGCUAUGGUCGGAGGCGUCAUUUUUGUUAAUGACUGCUACUUCCUUUCUAGCAUUCUUCUCUAUCAGUUUUCUUGGAAUGAAAUUCCAAAUUGAGAUAUGGACAAUUCAGGAACCUGAGCGAAGAGGGAGCGACUCUCCUUCCUCUACGCAAUCUUCGUCAGAACAAGCCUCUACAACUCUUCCUCCGCCCGCCGCAGCUGCAACGCCGCGUGACACUGGAGCCACUCCCGUUAUUCUGCCUCCGGAUCAAGACGGCCCUGACAAUGAGGCUCCUUCGGCCCAGGUACAGACCAAUAAUGAGUCUGGGACGAGUGCCGGGGCGAUGUAUACAAGAUUUUAUUUCACGCUUUUCAGCCUUUUUUUCCUCUCCUCGUGGGUCACCUUCUGGCCUACUCGUCUCGCCGCCAUAUACGCCGAUGUACUCAUUUUCAUCUACCUUUCGUUCUGGAUACCCCAGAUUCACCGGAAUAUCAUGCGCAAUUGCCGAAAAGCGCUUCGAUGGGAAUUCGUGAUAGGGGAAAGUAUUCUCCGCAUUUUUCCCUUCGUAUACUUUUAUAUAUUUCCUCGCAAUGCCUUAUUAGCGACACUUAGUUCGACCGAAAUACUCGUAUUUGUGCUAUGGGUGUGGAUUCAGAACUGGCUACUUGUCAGCCAGGAUAUUCUUGGCCCAAGGUUCUUCAUUCCAAAGACCUGGGUUCCGCCGGCCUACGACUAUCAUCCAAUCUUGCGGGAUGCGUCAGCUAGUGGAUCGGGUGAAGACUUGGAAUCCGGAGAUAUUUUACCCAUAAGUUCUCUUCGGGCAGAACAGAGAGAUGUCUCCGAGGACGCUAAAAAUAGUGAUAGGCCAAGCACUCGGGACAGGAGGAAAAAGGUUUUCGAUUGUGCCAUCUGCAUGCAAGAUAUAGAAGUUCCUGUUCUCCUCACGCCUGGCAGUGGGGUUGGCAGCUCAGGGACCAGCGUCACGGAAAGCGCCGCAAGCCUUCUGAGUCGGCGCGCGUAUAUGAUUACGCCAUGCCGCCAUAUUUUCCAUAGUCCAUGUUUAGAGACUUGGAUGCGACUCCGAUUGCAGUGCCCAAUCUGCCGCGAGUCAAUUCCACCAAUUUAA